AUGGCUGAUCUUUCACCAUACUCGAAUCGAUCCGUUGUGUGGGCAGGCGUCAGAAAACUCGAAAUUCGACAGCAACCCAUCCGAGUACCGAACGACGACGAGGUUCUGGUCGAAGUUAUCACCACUGGUAUUUGCGGGUCGGAUUGCCACAACUGGGACAGUGCCAAUGUCUCCCGUGAACUGAUCCUGGGCCACGAGUCGGCAGGUCUCAUCAAGACCAUCGGAAAGAAUGUUACAGACAGAUUUGUCGGCCAGCGCGUGGCAAUCGAGCCCGGAUUCUCAUGCAGGGAUGGAUGCGGACCUCUUGGUCUCCUGAUUCUAGCUGUGGCGAAGGCAUAUGGCGUCAAGAAGAUCGUUAUGUUCGACAUUGAAGAGUCUCGAACGAGAUUUGCCGAGUCCUAUGGAGCUGAUGUCGGAAUUGUCACGCCAAGAAAUAGCGACCCUUCUCAAGACGUCCUGUCCUUCUCUCAACAUUACGCCAGGGAGGUCAUCACUAAGUACGGCUUGGGAUACGGCUUUGAUGUUGCUAUCGAGGCUAGCGGCGCUGAGAUAUGCGCUACGAUGGCAAUUUGCAUGCUAAAAUCAGGCGGAACAUGUAUACAGGCGGGCCUGGGAAGACCGAUGGCAUCGUUGCCCCUUUUCUUGAUUACAGCCAAUGAACUUGACGUAAAGGGAACCGUUCGGUAUACUCAUGGGUGCUUCGAGGAUGCCAUUAGUCUGUUAUCUACGAAAAAGGUUGAUCUCAAACCGCUCAUCACGUCCACGUACCCCUUGACCCAGGCAAAUGAGGCAUUUGAGGCGCAGCACGCCAGAAGGGACAUUAAGAUAGUUGUUUUUAACCAGAUGUAA